GAAGUUUUAAAGAGCCAGAAAGUUCAGCUGUUUAUUAAAUAUUUAUAUAAUAUCUGUUAUUUUAGUUUCUGCAGCAGCAGUGACUCUAUAUGUGUUUCAGAGGGUUUUUCUUUUUGGAUCAAACUGAGAGAACCUGUGUUGUUGUUGAGCUUCAGCCUCUGUCCAGCAGGGGGCGCCUUCUCAUCUGAAAUCCACACACGAAGCGGGGCCAGCAGCCAAUCAGCGGCCAGUAUUCAGCCUCUGCGCUGUGCUAAUUGUGUUGUUAUGUCUGCCGCUAGGUUUUAAGCUGCGUUCCUGCGGGCUGAGGCGAUCCAGAGAGCGGCCUCCUGUGUGCCUCCGGCCCCAUGGAGACCCCCAGAGACCCGAUGGAGCGUCCGUCCAGGAAGCGGCAGGAUUCCUUCGGGAUGCUGGAUAGUCUGGAGGAGGACCGGAGCAGCUGCAGCUCUGACUCCAGCGGGGGGAGCGGAGGGUCCAGCCCAGAGGACAGCGAUGAUGAAGACUUUGGAGUGGGAGGAGUCGGGAAUCAACUGACCACCUCUUCAUCGUCCUCCUCCUCCCUGAUGCUCAUUAAGACCAACGGACAGGUGUACACCUACCCGGACGGGAAGGCGGGCAUGGCCACCUGUGAGAUGUGUGGGAUGAUUGGGGUCAGGGAUGCUUUCUACAGCAAGACCAAACGUUUCUGCAGCGUCUCCUGCUCCAGGAGCUUCUCCUCCAACUCCAAGAAGGCCAGCAUCCUGGCCAGGCUGCAGGGUAAGCCGCCCACGAAGAAGGCCAAAGUUCUCCAGAAACAACCUCUGAUGACUAAACUGGCUGCUUACGCCCAGCACCAGUCCAGCCAGCAGGGCGGCAGCAGAAAGAGCGUCUCUGUGGACGUUUUUGACUGGGGACGGUACAUCGGAGACGGAGACGUGUCGGGAGCGCCGGUCAGCUGCUUCAAACACGUUCUGAUGGGGAAGUCGUGGGGCAGUGUCAGUGAAGGAGUCCGGGUGGAGGUCCCGAACACCGACAGCGGUCUGCCCAUGAAGGUCUACUGGAUCGCCAGCAUCAUCAAGCUGGCCGGUUUUAAGGCUCUGCUGCGUUACGAGGGCUUCGACAGCGACUCCGCCAGGGACUUCUGGCUGAAUCUGUGCGUGCCGGACAUCCACCCGGUGGGCUGGUGUGCAGCCGGAGGGAAACCUCUGGUUCCUCCUCAGACCAUCCUGCACAGGUUCACCAACUGGAAGACCUUCCUUAUUAAAAGACUGACCGGGUCCAAAACUCUGCCGCCAGACUUCUCAUCGAAGGUGCAGGAGAGCAUGAAGUUCCCCUUUAAGAAGCAGAUGAGGUUGGAGGUGGUGGAUAAGACCCACCUGUGUCGGACUCGGGUGGCUCUGGUUGAACAGGUGAUCGGCGGGCGGCUGCGUCUGGUGUACGAGGAGUGCGACGACGGGACGGACGACUUCUGGUGUCACAUGACCAGCCCUCUGAUCCACAGCGUGGGCUGGUCCCGCUCCAUCGGACACCGCUUCAAACGAUCAGACGGGAUGAAGAAGCUGGACGGACAGAUGGACGCUCCUGGACAGCUGUUUGCCAAGGUGAGGGAGGUGGAUCAGACGGGACUCUGGUUCCGGGACGGGAUGAAGCUGGAGGCCAUCGACCCUCUGAACCUGUCUGCAAUCUGUGUGGCCACAGUGAGGAAGGUUCUGGCAGACGGAUAUCUGAUGAUCGGCAUCGACGGCUCUGAAGCGGCCGAUGGCUCCGACUGGUUCUGUUAUCACUCUACGUCUCCGUCCAUCUUCCCUGCUGGGUUCUGUGAGAUCAACAACAUCGAGCUGACGCCCCCCAGAGGUUACAGCAGUCUUCCCUUCAGGUGGUUCGAGUAUCUGAGGGAGAGCAAGUCUUUGGCAGCUCCAGUCAACCUCUUCAACAAGGAAGUCCCAAACCACGGUUUUCGUCCUGGGAUGAAGCUGGAGGCCGUGGACCUCAUGGAGCCCCGACUUGUCUGCGUCGCCACAGUGACCAGGAUUGUCCACCGGCUGCUGCGGAUCCACUUUGACGGCUGGGAAGAUGAGUACGACCAGUGGGUGGACUGUGAGUCACCUGACCUGUACCCAGUGGGCUGGUGUCAGCUGACUGGGUACCAGCUGCAGCCGCCUGCGGUUACUGCUGGGUCCAGAGAUCUGCAGUCUGCUGGAUCCAAGCAGAGAAGGAAGUCACAGCAGUACAGAGGACAGAAGAAAAAGAGGAAGUUACCCGUUGCCAAGCGCCCCGUCAGCCUCUCCGGCACCAUGGUAACCGGAGUUCCCAGGAACCUAUCAGGAGAUGAGAACGAGACUCCACCUGAUUACCCGUCGCCGCCUCCUCCGACCUCAGCAGCCCAGCCACCCUCUGCUGAACCCAACGCGGAGGUGGGAUCAGGUCUGCAGAUGGAGAUCUACAACAAUACAGGAGGGACGAAUUCUUCAUUUCAGCGAGCAGCACCAGAAACCAACGGAUCGUCCAGAGACUUUCUCACCAACAAAGAUCAGUAAAACCUGUUCUGCUCCCUUAUCAUCGGACCAUUUUCUGUUAAGAACAAAUACCUGCCGUAGCUUCACCUCGUCGGCUCUCUUCCUCCAACGUUUUAUUUUUCUGAAACAAAUUGUCAGAAACUGGCCUGAAAGGCAGAAAUUUACAGCAGGAGUUUUAAUGUGAUGCAUUCAGGUGCUUUCAGGACAUCACAGCUUCAAGGAGUUUUUUUUUUAAUCUUUAUUUGAAACAUAUUUUCCACCGUUUUAAACAUCAACAGGAGAGAAAAUCUGAAGGCAGUCCUGGAAAUGACAGAUUACUCUCGAUAAUUUUCAGGUUUUAACAUCUGAAUUUACUGUUUCUGAAAAGUAACCGUUGACGCGUGUUUUUUGUGUCUGUACCCUUUAUGGGGUGGUACCCUGUAAGUUUCAGAAAAGUAGCCUCCAAGUUAAAGGAAGGUUAUCUCUAAGUUUAAUUUUAAGCAGACUAUAUUUGAUCUGAAGCAGAAAUACUUUAUUCUAACAAAUUCAGUUUAUUCACACGGUUCUGGUUGGACUCCGCAUUCAACAAAACCAUAGAAUGUAAAGUUUAAUGUGUGGUUUUUCUGGUCGGUGCAGGAAGUGUUUUCAUGUUUUUAUCUAUAUAAUAAAGAUGUAAUAAAAGUUUUAACGUUA